AUGUGGGAAAGCGGCCGACCAAUGUUGCCGCCGAGGAGCCAGCAGUGCAAUGUCCACUCUCAACAGCCAUCUUUACCCAAAGCCAUGAAUGACCAUACCCAAAACACACUGUCGCAGCAUAGUCCGGUUCGAAUCUGCUUUGGCUUGAGAGCUCAAGAUAUUCCAGGCGAACCAUGUGCUCGUCCGCUGACUCUUGCAAAUGCCUUCAUGGAGUUACAUUACGGACGGAAAUUCGACUGGGACAUGGACCAUGUGUACACACCAGCAGGCAUAGACGAGGUUGGGGAGGGGUCAAAAAGAAGGCUAUAUAUGUUUCUCGAUGUCAACAAGCAGCUGCGUCCUUCGCCGAUACCCUUGCGCUGCGUCAAAGUCGUGAAUAAAGAUAUAUUCUCAAACGAUGUCCAGCAGCAACAUGUCUCGAAGGUUACAGGGGACUGA